CAGGCGCGGUGCCGGGCUUCUCCCGGGUCCCUAGACAGCUGGAGGAGAUAAACAGAGGAGGAGGGAGGGGAGUGCGUGUGUGAGAGCGCGCGAGGGAGUGUGAGUGUGUGUGAGCGCGGUGUGAGGCGGUGCGCAGGGGCGGGCGGAGGCGCUGUCCGGCCCCGGCUAGGCGCCGGGCAGGGAGCAUGGGAAGGGGCUAGGGCUGCCCGGGCCCCCCAGCCCCCUCCCCGGGAUCCGCGCCCCACCUCCGGGGAGAGGGGCCGGGACCCCCGGACGGACAUGGGCUCCUGAAGUUGCGCCGCCGCCGGUCCUGGGAAAAGGCCUGACAGCGAACCUAGAGGCAGUGAGCACUCAGCAGCAAGAGGGGUCCCACCAACCUCCUGCCCUGGGAACUACACUCGGCAUCUCAGCAUCAGGCUGCCAGAGCUUUGAACUGGAUAAUUAAAUGUGUGUCUUGUGGACCUGGGCUUGGCUGGAAUGCUCAAGGGUCCUGAAGAUCCCUCUAUAGCUUCCUUCUUUUGAAUCCAUUAAGAGAAGAUGGCAAAAGUCAACAUAACUGGAGACCUUAUCCGUAGGCAGAUCAAGGAGCGGGGUGCUCUGAGCUUUGAGCGGCGUUACCAUGUCACUGACCCCUUUAUCAGACGGCUGGGCCUGGAAGCAGAGCUGCAGGGUCACUCAGGAUGUGUCAACUGUCUGGAGUGGAAUGAGAAAGGAGACUUGCUGGCCUCUGGUUCCGAUGACCAGCACACAAUUGUGUGGGACCCGCUACACCACAAGAAGCUGCUCUCCAUGCACACAGGACACACUGCAAAUAUCUUCUCUGUCAAGUUCCUGCCUCACGCUGGGGACCGCAUCUUGAUUACGGGGGCAGCCGACUCUAAGGUGCAUGUCCAUGAUCUGACAGUAAAGGAGACCAUCCACAUGUUUGGAGACCACACAAACCGGGUGAAACGCAUUGCCACGGCGCCCAUGUGGCCCAACACAUUCUGGAGUGCUGCAGAGGAUGGGCUUAUCCGCCAGUAUGACCUUCGGGAGAACAGCAAACACUCGGAGGUGCUGAUCGACCUGACAGAGUACUGCGGUCAGCUGGUGGAGGCCAAGUGCCUCACCAUCAAUCCCCAGGACAACAACUGCCUGGCAGUAGGAGCCAGUGGGCCCUUUGUAAGGCUCUACGACAUCCGCAUGAUCCAUAACCACAGAAAGAGCAUGAAGCAGAGCCCUUCAGCAGGUGUGCACACCUUCUGUGACCGCCAGAAGCCCCUUCCAGAUGGUGCAGCCCAGUAUUAUGUAGCAGGUCAUCUGCCAGUGAAGCUGCCUGACUACAACAACCGUUUGAGAGUGCUGGUUGCCACCUAUGUGACCUUCAGCCCCAAUGGCACAGAGCUACUUGUCAACAUGGGAGGUGAGCAGGUCUAUUUGUUUGACCUGACCUACAAACAGAGGCCGUACACCUUCCUCUUGCCUAGAAAAUGCCACUCCUCAGGGGAAGUUCAGAAUGGCAAGAUGUCUACCAAUGGUGUGUCCAACGGUGUGUCCAAUGGCUUGCACCUUCACAGCAAUGGCUUCCGGCUACCAGAGAGUAGGGGACAUGUCAGCCCCCAGGUAGAGCUGCCCCCAUACCUGGAGCGUGUGAAACAGCAAGCCAAUGAGGCUUUUGCCUGCCAGCAGUGGACACAGGCCAUUCAGCUUUACAGCAAAGCCGUGCAGAGGGCCCCUCACAAUGCCAUGCUCUACGGAAACCGAGCUGCUGCCUACAUGAAGCGCAAGUGGGAUGGUGACCACUAUGAUGCUCUGAGAGACUGCCUCAAGGCCAUCUCCCUAAAUCCAUGCCACCUGAAGGCACAUUUCCGCCUGGCCCGCUGCCUCUUUGAGCUCAAGUACGUGGCUGAGGCCCUGGAGUGCCUAGAUGACUUCAAAGGGAAGUUCCCAGAACAGGCACAUAGCAGCGCUUGUGAUGCACUGGGUCGUGACAUCACGGCCGCCCUCUUCUCCAAAAAUGAUGGUGAGGAGAAGAAGGGAGCUGGCGGGGGGAGCAGCGGCCCAGUUCGUCUCCGCAGCACGAGCCGCAAGGACUCCAUCUCAGAGGAUGAGAUGGUACUACGGGAGCGAAGCUACGACUAUCAGUUCCGCUACUGUGGCCACUGCAAUACCACCACGGACAUCAAGGAGGCCAAUUUCUUUGGCAGCAACGCUCAGUACAUCAUCAGUGGCUCUGACGAUGGCUCCUUCUUCAUCUGGGAAAAGGAGACCACCAAUCUGGUCCGCGUGCUCCAGGGAGACGAGUCCAUUGUCAACUGCCUGCAGCCACACCCUAGCUACUGCUUCUUGGCCACCAGCGGCAUCGAUCCUGUUGUGCGGCUCUGGAACCCCCGACCAGAGAGUGAAGACCUCACAGGCCGAGUUGUGGAGGACAUGGAGGGCGCUUCUCAGGCCAACCAGCGGCGCAUGAAUGCGGACCCACUGGAGGUGAUGCUGCUCAACAUGGGCUACCGGAUCACAGGCCUGAGCAGCGGGGGCGCUGGGGCCUCUGAUGAUGAGGACAGCUCCGAGGGCCAGGUGCAGUGCCGGCCCAGCUAGACACUCCUGACCCUGGUUCCCAGCCCUCACUACUGGCUGGACCCUCCACCCUGGGCAGGAGGUCAGGGGGUUCUGUUUUGGUUUGUCUCCCCACCCCCACUUUUUCAUUUUCCUGUUUUGUUUGUUAGUUUGGCAUUGGGGGUGGGGGCUGCUGCAACUUGCUGGUUUUCAGACUGCUGGGUGAUGCCUCUUGACUGGCCUCAGCCCUGAGCAGGAGAGGCAGCUCCUGCGUCUGCCCCAGCCUCCCACUUCAUGUCCCUGGAAGGCCCUGGCCUGCCUCAGGUGGGGAGGCAAGGGCCGAAGCUGUCUUCCAAGACUGCUUGACCCUUCAGUUAGCACCAGGAAGGGGAGUGGAAUUCCUAGUCCCUGAGGCCCAGGACCUGUUGCCACUCUUGCUCCACAGCGGGCAAGGCUAGCCUCCCUGUGGUCUUCAGGGAAGGCUCUGUACAAGAAUGGGGUCCCACCCUCCCUCCUCAGCUGCUGUGUCUCGGUGGAAGCAGAAGGAAGGAUGGGAGCCAUGCACUGCGCAAGGCCAGGCUGCCAUCUGGUCAUAGGAGAGCAUCCUUACCCUCUUCCUGGGCACUGGCUCUGGGCCCUGCGCCUGCUUUUGCUGGCCACUUCUGGGGGCUCAGCCUUUCCCAAAGGCCCUGGCAGAGGGUGGGGCUGCACCAUACCCCAUCCACCUGUGCCAGCCCUUCCACACUUUGGCCACCCUCCUCUCGGGCACCUCGGCCUCACUGUGACCUUUCUGCCAGAGCUCCCAGCCAGGCCAGUUCCUGCUGAGGUGGCUCUCUCUGCUAAGGGCCCUUUCUGCCCUCCCUCCCGCCCCACAUGCUGAGCCGCCACAAAGACCAAAGAAGUGAUGGCUUUUCUCUGUCCCCUGCUGCUCUGGGGGGAGGGGGAGGGGUCUCCUGAGCCCCUGGGUUGGGGGGAGUCCCUGACUCAACCCCUGCCCUCCUCAGCAGCCCCAAGCUCUACACUGGAUGCAGCAGUCACCCCACCGCUCACCGAGCCUCUCGCUGCCCCCUGGGCUCUCGGCUCAGGAGCUGUUCCUGGUACUUGGUUCAUCCUCCCUCCCUUCCCCCUCAGUGCUCACUGGGCUCCAGCCCUCCAGCUGCAGCCUCUGGGGAGAAGCAGCCUCCUCCUUCGCGUCCUCCCGCCCCCCCUCCCUCCGCCCGUCUCUGCCAGGUGCCUCCUCUCAGUCAGGCUUCAGAGCAGCCCUGGAGACAGGAGGGCCAUGUUAAAAGCUUUUUCACAGUUUUAAGAAGAUGGGGGGAUGAGGAUAGUGGUGGGGGGUCUGGCACCAUCUCGUCUUUGCUUUAAUUCCAGCAACACAGGUGGCAGCUUAUCCCGCCUCCUCCCCACUGGCCGCUCUUCCCACCCCUCUCUCCUAGCUUGGUAAUGAAGUAUAUUUAUUGGUGAAGGAAACAGCUGCUUCUGCUUCUCCUACUGCUGGGACUUGCUCCCCUGUCUCCUCUCCAUGACUUCUCCCCAGCCAGGGAUGGAGAGUGAGAGUACUGGGGCUACACCCUGGGGCCCAAGGACCAGCAGGAGCCCCUCUGCUUUCCCGUGUUCCAGCCACCUGCCAUUUCCUCUCUCCCAGCCUCCCGCCCUCCCUCCUUCCACCCCUGCCUGCCCAGCCUGGGCCCUGCAGUGUGGAGAGACACUUAAGCCUUACUGUCCUCUGGGGGCAGGAGCCGAGCCUUUUUGUUGCUCUGCUCCCAGGAGAGUGAGGGUGACGCAAUUGAUUAAAACCAUUUUGUUCUAGG